GCGAGGGGGUCUCUCUCGGAUGGGCAGGGGUGAGGGACACAGGCAGUCAGGGAAGAUGUCCGGACGGCCCCUGGGGGACCGACAGAUGCGGCCGGGCAACCCGGGACACACCGCUAACCCGUAUUCAUCCAACCCCGGGCCCACGCACCAACAACCAGCCAAUCAGAUACAGCAGCAGCAGCAGCAGAGGAGGCUGAAGGAGCGCAACACCAACUCAGCGCCGCCUGAAGACGCCCACAUCGCCAUGAUGGUGUUCCGCAUCGGCAUCCCGGACAUCAAGCAAACGAAAUGUUUGCGGUUUAACCCCGACGCCACGGUGUGGAAGGCCAAGCAGCAGGUGCUGUGCUCCCUGACCGAGUCCCUGCGAGACGUCCUCAACUACGGCCUGUUCCAGCCGGCCACCGACGGCCAUGACGCCAAGUUCCUGGAGGAGGAGAGGCUGCUCAGAGAAUACCCACAAUCCUUUGAAAAAGGAGUUCCCUAUCUGGAGUUCCGUUAUAAAACCAGGGUGUACAAACAGACCAAUCUGGAUGAGAAGCAACUGGCCAAGCUGCACACGAAGGCCAGCUUGAAGAAAUUCAUGGACUACAUUCAAACCAGCACUGUGGACAAGAUGGCCAAGUUCCUGGACAAGGGCCUGGACCCCAACUACCAGGACGCUGACACCGGCGAGACUCCUCUGUCCCUGGCGGUUCAGUGCGAGCCAGGUGGAGGUGAGGCCAUCCGGGUCCUGGUGGAGGGAGGAGCUCAUAUUGACUUCCGUGCCAAAGAUGGACUCACGCCGCUACACAAGGCUGUUCGAGGCCACCACCAUGCAGCGCUGCUGGUCCUGCUCACUUUGGGUGCGUCUCCAGACUACAAGGACCGGCGAGGUCUGACGCCCCUUUAUCACACGGUGCUGACAGGGGGGGACACCUCCUGCUGUGAAACAUUGCUUUACCACCGCGCCAAGCUGGGCAUCAGGGACGAGAACGGCUGGGACGAGACACAUCAGGCCUGUCAGCACGGGAACUCGCAGCAUCUGGAGCACCUCCUCUUCUACGGAGCGGAUUCCUCCUCCCACAACGCCUCUGGAAACACUGCCCUGCACAUCUGUGCUUUGUACAACAAGGAAAGCUGUGCACGAAUCCUGCUCUACCGUGGAGCAAAUAAAGACACAAAGAAUAAUAGUGGGCAGACUCCCUUUCAGGUCGCCGUUAUGUCUGGUCAUUUUGAACUGGGAGAAAUUAUAAAAAACCACCGGGAUACAGAUGUCGUUCCGUUCGUGGAGUCUCCAAAGUACGCGCCCCAGCGGCGGGAGAGCUCCCGGUCUCUGGCGGUCCCCCACCCUCACCCCUUCCUCCGGGCCAACAGCGACAGCAGCAUGAACCUGCCAGACUGGAUGGCCGUGCCCAACGCCCCGGGCACCAACAUCGUGUCCGUGCAGGGUUUUAAGCAUACAGGAACACUACGGAGCUCCAGCAGUCCCCGGGGAGCCAGGACACGCUCUCCGUCCCGAGGGAGGAUCGGAGACAAGGAGGACAGGAGCCGGCAGAGUCGGAGGCAGGCGCCUGCUCCCGCCACCACCACCGUCCAGACGGCAGACCAGCGGAGACGCCUCUACAGCGCCGUCCCAGGACGCGUGUUCGUGGCCACUCGAGCGCACUCCGCGCAGGGAGAACGGGAAAUAAGCCUGAACAAGGGAGACAGGGUCAAAGUGUUGAGCAUCGGCGAGGGCGGGUACUGGGAGGGAACGGUGAGAGGUCGCACGGGCUGGUUCCCCUCGGACUGCGUGGAGGAAGUCGUCCUUCGUAACCAAGACAACCGCUCAGAGAGCCGUGGAGAACGGGCCAAAAGGUUGUUCCGCCAUUACACCGUGGGGUCGUACGACAGCUUUGACGCCCCCAGUGACUAUAUAAUUAAAGAGAAGACAGUGCUUCUGCAGAAAAAAGACAGCGAGGGAUUUGGCUUUGUGCUGAGAGGGGCCAAAGCUCAGACUCCGAUAGAAGAGUUUACACCCACCCCAGCGUUCCCUGCUCUGCAGUAUUUGGAGUCCGUAGACGAGGGAGGUGUGGCCUGGAGAGCCGGGCUCAGGAUGGGGGAUUUUCUCAUAGAGGUGAACGGCCAGAACGUGGUGAAGGUCGGCCACCGGCAGGUCGUCAACAUGAUCCGACAGGGUGGCAACAGCCUCAUGGUAAAGGUUGUGAUGGUAACCCGCAACCCAGACAUGGAGGAGGGUGCGAGAAAGAAAAUCCCGCAGCAGAGCAAGAGGCUGAGCACUCCGGCCAUCGCUCUCCGGUCCAAAUCAAUGACUUCAGAGCUGGAGGAGAUGGAAUUCGAAUCCUCCCAAGCUGCAGAGAAGAAGAGGACAGUCUAUCAGAUGGCUUUGAAUAAACUAGAUGAAAUUCUCGCAGCAGCUCAGCAGACAAUCAGCACCAAUGAGGCACCGGGGACACGGGGACAAGGGCCAAAGAGAGACAGGGGGAGAAGUUUCUACGGCAAUGAAGCAAACUACGGGGAUCAGUCUGGGAUGGGGAUGAUGUCGUCAGGGCUGGGCCUUGGCUACGACCGUGGGCAAUACGCCUCAGGUCACGCCCCCCCGCACGGUAUGCUGCGGCAGAAGUCAAUCGGUGUGCCUGAAGAGGAAAAAGGAUUCCUGCAUCCUCCAGCGAUGAAGUUUGCCCGCAGUCUGUCGGUGCCCGGCCCAGAUGACAUCCCUCCUCCUCCCACGACGGCUCCACCGGAUCCUCCGUUCUCCUCGCCCCUCCACUCGGCUGGAGGGCGAAGUCUUCUCAGCAGCUCGGUCUCCGUGUCUCAGUCCACAUCCACCUCUGCACACUACCAGCCCUACUCCCAGCCGGUGCACUUUACCCAUGGCGGUAGGGAGAGGGCGGGGGGUCCCGGCGCCGGCCCCAGCGCCGGAGCAGCGGACCACGCCACGGCAUACGUCCACGCAGCCGCCCACACCGCCCAGAGCAGGACUGCUUCUCGGAAGGUGGCCUACACCGGGGAGCCUGUUGGGGCUGGGGUCGGGGCUGGUCCUGGGGCCAAGGCGGCGGGUCUACGGAGAGGCUACAGCACGGCCGUCCCCCCAUCCAGCAUUGCCACUGUGAUGCCCCAGCAACAACAGACUACCCAGAGCCAACCGCAGCGCUCGGACCGCGGUGCAGCCGGAGCAGGCGGUCCUAAAGGGGGGGCCAGGAGAGGUAAGGGCCCCCUGGUGAAGCAAUCAAAGGUAGAGGACCUGCGCGCUGCCCAGGGCACGCUGAGCAACAAAGACCCGGUGGAGAAGAGCUCCAUCCCGAUCCCCACCAUCAUUGUGAAGGCCCCUUCCACCAGCAGCAGUGGGCGGAGCAGCCAAGGCAGCAGCGUGGAGGCUGAUGCUCCUGCAUCAGGGGAGGCAGAGGACUCCAAGACCCCCCACGGUCCUCCUCCCUCCACGCCUGCCCCACAGCCGCCCGCUCCACCAUCCAUCCCUGCACCGCCGCCUCCGUCAUUGCCUUCGAUCCGAGCCCAGGACAAUCUGGACUUCACCAGCCAGUUUGGAGCUGCCAUUGUGGGUGCAGCUCGGCGGGACCGAGAGCGGUUUCACGAGGCCCGCAGAAAGAGCGCCUCCUUGUUCAUGUCUGCGGAGGAGGAUGUGAGUCUCGCGGGGGUGAGCGAUGGAUUAGGAGGCGUGACGAGGACUCAGGUGUCGCAGCAACAGCUGAACAUGCAGGGUGAAAGUUCAUCGACGCGACUACGCCCCUCCAAGUCCAUUGAUGAGGGCAUGUUCUCUGGGGACACCUUCAUCCAACACACGAGGAGCAUGCCUCCGGCCUUUGGCCUGCCUGAGUACUCCUCAUCUGCCCUGGACUAUCAGCCCAAGUCUGUGCCUACUGAUUUGUACACAGCCGCAGGUAGGCAGCCCCCACCCUCCACCAAUACCACGUUCAUCCACCCGUUGACGGGGAAGGCGCUGGACCCCACAUCGCCGCUCGGUCUUGCCUUGGCUGCCAGAGAGCGCGCUCUGAGGGACGACAGCAGGUUGAGGAGGGGAGCCGAGCACCACUUCACCCGCCAGAUGUCCAGUGUGGUGUUUCCUUCCUCCACCGCCACGUCCCAGGCGGGGUCGUCCGCCGCGCAGUCGUCCAGCUCCUACCUGGUCACCUCCUCUUCGCUGGCAGCGACCACGGCCACCGUCGGUCGGCCGCCCUCACCCAGAAUCCUGAGAGGAGUCGGGAGCGUAUGGGGCGAGGACGGUGGAGGGGGAGAGAGGGAGAGGGAAGGAGGAGGAGGGGCUCGCGAGGGGCUUCGGGUUCGCUUCUCCGAGGACAAAACCGUCCACACGCACCACUAUCAGCCUCAGCCAUAUCAGCCGCCGUACAAGGAGAGGGAGCGCGAGAGGUCGCGGGAACGGGAGAGGGAGUUGUCAAGAGAAAGACAACAAGAGAGAGACAAAGAAAGGGAGGGUUACAUGCGGAGGGCUGAGCAGGCUGCAGCUAAUGCCGCGGCUACUGACAGCAUGGCUCAACCGCCGCGGAGACCCUCUUUCCUCCGGAUGGAGAGUCAAGCCGAUGCUUACAUCCUGUCCCUCACACCUCCCUCUCCUCCAGCAACCAGCACCCAGCAAUCACUGAAGACUCCUGGGAGCACUGGGACAGGCAUGAUGGUUCUGCCCCCUCCUGCUCCCUCGGUCGACGCAGACGAUGAAUUCGUCUACAUCGACCCCCUCCCACCCCCUUUGGAGUUCGCCAACAGCUUUGACCGAGGGAUGCCCGGAUUCUCCCAACACAGGAUGCUCUCCAACAGCCUGACCCCUCGCCAGCAGCAGGUCCCACCCCCUCCGCCGCCUCCCCCUCCACCCCCUCCGCCGCCACCUCCCCCUCCCCAAAAAGACCAAUUUGUGAGCGGCUUCCCCGCCCACACCCCACUUCCCUCGCCUCAGGCGGGGGACUCCACCGCCUCUAGCCUCACAUCUUACGACAGUGAGGUGGCUAACCUCACCCAGUCUGCCCCUUCUCCCUCCCAGACCUCCCCCAAUCCCCCGCACCCUCACUCGCCCUCCAACCUGCAGCCGGCCAUGGGCCCUCCGCCGCCCCCAGCCGUCUCCCCCCCGCCUCCCCCCGGAACCUACCACCGACCCUUCUCUAUGUCACACCACCUUUACAACAGCACUCACACUCCCGGACGAUCUUCCCCCACGCCUCCCCCGCACACAAUCGCGCCUCCCCCGGCCUACCGUGGCCCCCCAGCGCCCUCCUCCACCCCUGCUGCCUCUGGGCCACACAGGGGCAUCGCCUCUCAUACGACCGCUACCUGUGCCGCUACGACUUCUACUGCUGCUACCACAAUAAGCACCUCCACCCAGCUCUAUCAGGAGCGGACGCACACGAUUCAUACGACAUCCUCCACCACCAUCACCGGCGGUCGCAGGACGGGGGACCACCAGCGUCCACCUCCCGCCACCAAGAAAGGAGAGUCCCAGGAGACUGUGGUGGAUUCUGGGAUUGAAGAGCUGGACAGCCGCAGCAGCAGUGAUCAUCACCUGGAUAGCAUCCUGGCUGGCGUCCGGGAAGGAAGACUAGACCGAGGGGAGAGACCCGGGGUUGGAGGGCGCAUGGGAGGGGGAGGAGGGGGCAUGGGGGACACGGAAAGAGGAGGGGAUUUUCUCGAGUCUUACAUGAGCUACCUGGACGGACAAACCUUUGAGAUGCAGAACGCCACGGCGGCGGCCUCCACCUACCCAAAGUCAAGCAGGUUCAGGGACGGGAGUCGUGCCGGGGAUCUGCAGAGACAGACCAGCACUGCUCCUCCCGCCUACCACUCCCACAGGCGAAGGGACGACCAGGACGAGGACGAGGUCGAGGACGGAGUGGGAGACGACGAGAGUGGCCAGGAUGGAUAUGGUGUAAGGGACAUGCAGAAUUUGGGACGUCCCUCUUCGCCGUAUUUUGAUCGGCCGCGCACUCCUGAGAUGAAGCCUCUCUGGGGAGACGGGCAGAUGAGCGGCGACGGAGGCGGCCAGUCAGGUUCACUUUUAGAGGGGAAGAAGAUUUACCCUCCUGCAUCCAGCAUGAAGCCAAGUAUCAUUAAUGAACUCAGCAACAAACUGCAGCAAAGAAGCAAGGAUAGCUGGAGCAGCCAGAGGCCGCUGGGCAGACACAGAAGCAGAAACAGGUUUUCAGAAGAUUCGGCUUCAGCUCUGAGUCCCCCUUCAGCUCGAUCCCAGUCACCGUCUCCGAUCUCAUUGUCUCAGCCAUCGCUGUCCCCAUCGCCCACCCCUGUCACCCAGUACCCCAACUGGGGACGAUCUCCAUCACCUCAGCCUCCAGCAAACUCUCAGCCUCCUCGCUCACAUUCCCCAUUGUCGCCAACAUCUUAUGCCCCUUACCCCACCUCCCCCAAGCACAGACCGGUGUACCGGACCAAAGCCCUGGAGUUCCAGUUCAUCCCCAGCCGUGAGUCCCGUAAAGCAGAAUCACACAUACUCCAGCGCAGACGAGCUCCCAGCCCCCUCAUCUCCCCAUCAGAACGGCCUAAGGUAGGCCCACCGCGCCCAUCCUCCCUUCCCCUUCUCCCUACCACACCUCUAUACAGUGCCCUCUACGACCUCCGAGGUUCAAUCACCCCACCGUCACCUGGGAACCCUCUCGGAGAUCCGUACUUCUCACCGUCUCCUCCUCUGUUCGCCCCGUCCGGUGCCCCUCCACCACCAAACUCCACUUUAGUAGUCUCUCGGUCCCUUUCUCCGACUCAUUUCCUUUCUGGGACAUCUUCUCCACCCCUCCACCCUCUCCCCCCACCCACUUGCUUAAGCUACCCCCAUUUACCACCCCCUUCCCCUACGAAGCCUUUUGCCUCCAAGCCGCUGCCCUACUGGACCAAGUACGAUGUGGCAGACUGGCUGGGGUACCUGAACCUGGGCGAGCACAGGGAGCGUUUCCUGGACAACGAGAUUGAUGGCACCCAUUUACCCUCUCUGACCAAGGAAGACUAUCUAGACUUGGGUGUGACGCGAGUAGGUCACCGCAUGAAUAUAGAACGUGCCCUGAGGACCGUGAUGGACCGGUAA